CCACAGCAAUCUCUAGCUUGUUACGAAUUUGGGGAGCAAGAGCAACCUGCAGCCCACGAAACUAAUCCACAAUUAGUUGCUUCGAUAGUAAGCUUCCAGUCAUGAGGUUCCCCACUUUAGUGUUUGCGUGGGCUGCGGCGGUGCUGCUCGCCGUGGCCGCCUUCUCGGCGGUGGCAGAUGCGUCGCCUCCGCCGUCGAAGUUUCUGAAGGUUGGGUUCUAUGAGCACACGUGCCCACAGGCCGAGUACAUCGUGCGCGACGCCGUCCGCCGCGCCUUCGCCCGCAACCCAGGCCUUGCCGGUGGCAUCAUCCGCAUGCAUUUUCACGAUUGUUUUGUCAGGGGUUGUGAUGGCUCGCUGCUGAUCAACUCGACGCCCGGGAACUCGGCGGAGAAGGAUUCGCAGGCGAACAACCCAAGCAUGCGUGGUUUUGAGGUCAUCGACGAGGCCAAGGCAGCCCUAGAGGCGAGCUGCCCACGCACCGUCUCUUGCGCCGACGUGCUCGCCUUCGCCGCGCGCGACGGGGCCAACCUUGCCGGCGGCAUCAACUACCAUGUGCCGUCUGGUCGCCGUGACGGCCGCGUGUCUAUCGCCGACGAGGUGCUCAACAACAACGUGCCAUUCCCGACCGACAAGGUCGCGGAGCUCGUGGCCAGCUUCAAGCGCAAGGGGCUCUCCGCAGACGACAUGGUCACGCUCUCGGGCGCACACACCAUCGGUAGAUCCCACUGCUCCUCCUUCACUCAACGCAUCCACAACUUCUCGGGCGAAGUCGGCCGGACCGACCCGUCCAUCGACAGGUUCUACGCGGCAGAGCUGAAGCAUCAAUGCCCUCCAUCGACGGACAACCCUAGCGACCCCACAACUGUGCCGCUGGACCCCGUCACGCCGGGGGAGUUUGACAACCAGUACUUCAAGAACGUACUGGCACGCAAGGUGCCGCUCACCUCCGACCAGACACUACUCACCAGCCCCCGGACCGCCGGUAUCGUCGCGUUCCACGCCGCCGUGGAGAAGGCAUGGCAGGCCAAGUUCGCUGCCGCCAUGGUCAAGAUGGGCAACGUGGAGGUUCUCACCGGUGAAGAGGGGGAGAUCAGGGAGAAGUGCUUUGUCGUCAACCACCACUAGGCAAUCAUUCCAAAGUCAUUCAAAGCAUAUCUAUAUAUUUUGUGUGUCCGUCGAUCGCAGAUCAUACUGUUAGUUGUCAGUGUAUGUAAUUUGACUUUUCAAAGUGAUUUCUUUGUUAGUUGUUUGUGUAUGUCAAAAAGAGUUUUUCUUCCAUCCGUCAAUGUAAAGAUGAUGUUAUGAGUUU